AAAGUAAAAAAGAAGUAUUACUUCGAAGCGCUUUGCAGGCUCAUUGGCCCUUUAAAAUCUAUAAUGGAUGCAUAUUGGUUAAGUUGUAAUUUUAAAACCUUUUGUACAUUUGGCAAUAGAUAAGGCAGCCUAUUUAUUUGUAAAUUCAUUAUUGAGUGUCAACCACAGGUAUACCUUUACUCACUCCAUAUUAGUAAUUUUGCAAUGGGUAGUGGUGAUAAAAAAAAGGUAGCACUGAUUACCGGUAUAAACGGGCAGGAUGGUUCAUAUUUAUCAGAAUUCCUUUUAAAUAAAGGCUAUGAAGUUCAUGGAAUCAUCCGCAGGGCGAGUACUUUUAAUACUACCAGAAUAGACCAUUUGCAUGAUGAUCCAUAUGCUCAUAAAGGGGGAAGGUUGCAUUUACAUUAUGGAGACAUGACAGACUCCAGUUGUUUGGUUAAAAUUAUUAAUAAUGUAAAGCCAACAGAAAUUUACAACUUGGCUGCCCAGAGUCAUGUUAAAGUGUCCUUUGAUUUAAGUGAAUAUACUGCAGAAGUGGAUGCUGUAGGUACUUUAAGGUUGUUGGACGCUAUAAGAACAUGUGGUUUAGAAAAUUAUUCAAAAUUUUAUCAAGCAUCUACUUCAGAAUUGUAUGGAGAAGUAAAAGAAAUUCCUCAAAAUGAGAAGACACCCUUUAAUCCCAGGUCUCCCUAUGCUUGUGCCAAACUCUAUGCUUAUUGGAUAGUUAUAAACUACAGAGAUGCAUAUAACAUGUUCGCCUGUAAUGGUAUACUUUUUAAUCAUGAAAGUCCUAGAAGAGGUGAGACUUUUGUUACUCGGAAAAUCACCCGUGAAGUAGCAAAGAUUCAUCUGGGAUUGUCUGAUUGCCUAACUUUGGGUAGGUUAGAUUCCAAGCGAGAUUGGGGGCACGCCCGGGACUAUGUUGAGGCGAUGUGGAUGAUGCUCCAGCAGGAAAAGCCAGACGAUUUUGUCAUAGCUACCGAGGAGACGCACAGCGUUAGAGAGUUCGUUGAAGAAGCUUUUAAAUAUGUGGGUAAACAAAUUAUUUGGGAAGGGCAAGGUGUCGAUGAAGUCGGUAAAGAAAAUGAUACCGGAAUAAUUAGAGUUAAAGUAAACCCCAGAUACUUUAGGCCCACCGAUGUGGGGUUCUUGCUAGGAGACUCCACCAAAGCCAAAGAGAAGUUGGGAUGGAAACCGAAGGUUUCCUUUUUGGAGCUGGUCAGGGAGAUGAUGGACGCGGAUAUAGCGCUCAUGAAAAAAAAUCCAUUAGCGUAAUGGUUAUGUUCUCUAAAGUAUCAUAUGACAGUCUUUAAAUACAUGUCGUUCCUUUCGUUUAUUAGUUCGUAUUAUUGUAGAUAAUCAUUUGUCUAUGACAUUCCGUUGGUUUCUAACCUCGAGUGAUUUUUAGAAACACAGUAUUUUAUAUGUCGUGGAAUGAAACAUUGUAUUAUUAUGGUUAUAUUAUGGCAAAUAUAUAUA